AUGUCAGAGAAGGUGCAGAAUGCCUUUAGGGUGCAGUUGUCCUCUGUCAUGGACUCCCUGCUCACAGCGGCUGUGUGUGAGAUCGCCAAAGUCUUUGAGGGCAGUCUGAGUCAGCAGCAGGAGGAGCUGACACAGAGAGGAGACGAGAUCUCUGCAUUGAAGGGGAAGCUGAAGCAGGCAGAGAGGAGGUUGAAGGAGGGAUUAAAAGGAGGAGAGGACCUGGACAAUGCCUCUGGACAAACAGUCUCUUCCAUGAUGACAAUUUCUGAGACAGAAGAAGGUAAGUUGAUAAUGCGUAGACAAAUAGCAACAUAUCAUUUCAGGGCUUGUUGACUGUGUAGUUAUGCAUGUUUUCUCUCCCAGUUGGUGUCAGCUGAGCUCUAUUACAUUUCUCAUUCAAUUUCUAUCUUUGGGUUUCAAUGCAGUACCCGAUUGGUGCGAGCCACUUCAGUCAGAAGAUUCCUUAAUUCCGCUCUCAAAGAUCAAAAAGGAAAAUAAGUCGCCAUGGGUGGACCUGCGACCACUGAGUGUGUGUCUAUGGCGCAUCCCUAACAUCAAAAUAGAGGUUAGUGACCGGUCCGGUGUAGGAAACCUGAAUCAAUAAACAGUCAUUAUGCACACCCAAAUAUAGCACACGGACUGAACAUAAUAAGUGGCUUCUGUUUAGAAUUAGGUUAAAUGUCUGCUUUAUUAGUACUGACUGAUCAUAUUCUGAUCAUAAUCAUUAUGAGUCUGUGUUUUAGCAGGCUGAGGAUUUUGAUAACCACCUGCUGACGGCCCUAGCCAGGAGUCCUCCACGAAAAGGUAAGAGUAAAUCAUCCUUGUCGCUCGUAAUUGUAAUUCAGUUCCUGGUGCAGGACAUCAUCACUGACUCCAUGCUUUUUGCUCCUCUUUUGCAGGGUCGGCUGCGGAGUGGUUGUUGAACAGACGGUUAAGAGACUUACCUGAACUGAGUGCGACAGGGUCAGGGUAUGGUCAGGGUUCAGUGGGACGCGGUCGGGGGCAGGGGCUGAGGAUGACCCAUGGUCGUCUGCUGCGUAUGCUCAAACAAGAAAAGCCGGAACCCCAGAGCAGUGACUUAUCAAACAAGAAUGUCUUGAGCCACCGCACAAGACAAGGAAAAGAUAGUGACUUACAAAACAAACACAGUGAGGGCAGACAUGGGGAAACGAGUGACAUAGUGAAGAAGGUAGGAAGGAAAAGAAAGCAUUUCAAAAUGGAUCCUGAUGCGGACGAACAAGCGACAAUCAGUGGAACUGACAAGCGUUUCAGCUGCAAAUACUGUGGGAAGGGCUUUGGCCGUGAGUUUGGUCUUUCUGUGCACAUGAGGAGUCAUAAAAACGUGAAAAUCAAGGGGACAUACAAAUGUCCUCAGUGUCCCAAAAGGUUUCAUUACCCAAGUGUACUUCGUGCACACAUGUGUAACAGCCACGAGAAGAAGAAACCUUGCUCCAGCGUCAACGAAAUGUCAGACUCCAUCAAGCAAAAAGUGAAACCCCUCUCCCCCAGCAGAGCCAAGACUACUUCCUGCAACAACAAACCUCUCUCUGCCAGCAAGGCUAAACCUCUCUCCCCGAAAGACAAACCUACGUCCCCAAACAAUAAAGCUAGCACAUCCAAAGAAAGCAGCACAUAUUCAAAACUGUAUUCUUGUUACGUUUGCCUUAAGAAAUACUCUACUGGACAGUCCCUGCGGGACCAUGAGCGCAUUCACACAGGUGAGAGACCAUACCCUUGUAACCAGUGUGGGCAGAGGUUCCGUGUAAAGCAGUUCCUGACAUUACACUUGCGUAAAGCCCAUACGAAUGUGUACGGGGGUGACGAGAGCAGCGGAGACCUCUCCUGGACUGCACCAGUGGAGGAACCCAUGGAAAUUGGUGCAGAGCAGCAACCUGCCAUCAAGUCAAAAGGAAAAGAUGAUCAACAAGCAAAGGCAAACAGCAAAUGGAAGCAAAUGACAGAAACAGACGGCCUGUUCCACUGCACAGUGUGUAAAAAGCUGCUAAGUUCACAGAUUAGCCUCGUUCAACACUUCCGCAUCCACACAGGUGAGAAACCGCUGAACUGCGAAGUGUGGCAAGAAAUUCCGCUGCCAUCCCGUCUUGAUCAGCCACCGGAGGUCCGCCCACCCGGGAAAGAAGUACCGGUGCCUGAAGUGUGUGAAGCAAUUUGAGACCAUGGCAGAACGUAAUAGACAUUUGCUACAAGUCCACCAGUUCAAGAAACAGAACCCGCGAUCCCACUGUCCUCGCUGUAG